AUGUCAGAGAAGAGUAUGGUUCCUUCUAGGUUAAUGUUUUGUGUGAUGCUUAUUUCUAUGUUUCUUUUGGUGUUGUCUUCCCUUUUCCUACUUCAGUUUAGCAGUCAUUCUUUUAUACCUAGAUCGGUUUUGGAGCUUAUUAUUGUCAAUAAUUCGUCAUUUUACUUUACACCCGAUUUGACGAGGGAACAAAUUGUGCUACCUACCGACUCUUCUGAGGAUUUAAGAUUUCAAACCUUGAAACAUAGGGAGUCUGAUUGGAAAGUUUCCAAUUCAAGCGAGAGAGAACAUUUGGUAGAACAACAGAUGGAUGUAGCAUGUGACCAAAAUCAGGCUUUAUUGAAAGUAUUCAUGUAUGACUUGCCUCCGGAAUUUCACUUCGGGUUAUUGGGUUGGAAGGGAAGUGUAAAUCAAACAUGGCCUGAGGUGGAUAACCCGAAUCGUAUCCCACGAUAUCCCGGGGGACUGAAUUUGCAGCACAGUAUGGAAUACUGGCUCACACUUGAUCUUCUAUUAUCAGAAAAAACAAAAAUUGGUCGGCCUUGUACUGCAAUUAGAGUACGGAAUUCAAGUCAAGCAGAUAUAAUUUUCGUGCCGUUUUUCUCUUCUCUGAGUUACAACCGGCAUUCCAAGACUCAAGGGGAAGGACAAGUUAGUGUUAACAAAAUGUUGCAAGACAGAUUGGUACGUUUCUUGAGAGGGCGCAAAGAAUGGAAACAUGCGGGUGGGAAGAAUCAUCUAAUUGUAGCUCACCAUCCUAACAGCUUGUUAGAUGCGCGAAGAAACCUGGCUUCUGCUAUGCUUGUGCUUGCGGAUUUUGGAAGGUAUCCUGUUGAGUUAGCAAAUAUCAAGAAAGAUAUAAUAGCUCCCUAUAAACAUUUGGUGGGUACUAUACCAAGAGCAAAAUCACCUUCAUAUGACGAGCGUUCCACACUCCUUUAUUUCCAAGGGGCGAUAUACAGAAAAGAUGGAGGAGUUAUUCGCCAAGAAUUGUAUUACCUCCUCAAAGACGAGAAAGACGUGCAUUUUACAUUUGGGAGCAUAGGAGGAAAUGGUGUUAAUCAGGCAAGCCAGGGCAUGUCGACGUCCAAAUUCUGCCUCAACAUAGCUGGAGAUACUCCAUCUUCCAAUCGACUCUUUGAUGCCAUAGUGAGCCAUUGUGUUCCUGUGAUCAUCAGUGAUGAAAUCGAGCUACCGUAUGAAGAUGUUUUGGACUACUCAGAGUUUUCUUUGUUUGUUCGCGCCGCCGAUGCCGUAAAGAAAGGCUACCUAUUGAAUCUCCUUCAUUCAAUCAAACGCGAGGAGUGGACCAGGAUGUGGGAAAGAUUGAAGGAGAUUACACAUCACUACGAGUAUCAAUAUCCAUCCCAGCCCUGGGAUGCAGUGAACAUGAUUUGGCAGGAAGUUGCGCGGAAGAUAUCUUCAAUUCAGUUCAAUUCACACAGGAAGAAUAGAUACAAUAGAUCUCAGCUUCUUGUCAAAACUAACUGA